AUGCAUGUCUUGAACGAUGCGAGAUCCAGCACGCCAUCAGACGAGGAGUUUAUAGAGAUCUUCCAUGAGAAUGAUUACUGCUACAGAUGUAUCCCUCUCUGCAACGUGGACCGGGAAAAAGAGGAAAGGAUCUACAAUUUGUGUACCGAAUUAAAAUGGGAUACAAUGCACACUAUUCUGUCAGGAGCAAAUCCGUCAAAACUUAAGGGACACAUUCAACGUGCACUUACGUGCACAAAAUGUCCUCCGAUGAACAAUCUUAGUGAAAUUAAAAAGUUUCAAGCAGAAAUAACAGUCAUGAUGAGACGUCGGGGACGUCUCGAAGUACUCAGCGUGCUCACUCAAGAAAAAAAAGAUGCUGAAUCGCGCCAGAAAAGUAUGGAAGAAGUCCACGGAAAACAGAUCAAUCAAAAACCAGACGAAGUCCACUCUUCUUCGAUUUCAUGGAUAACUGAACAGACUGACCAGUCUAAGUUCUGUUAUCGAUGCAUGCCACUAUGCCACGACGACAGAAUGAAAGAAAAUGACGUUGAAAACGCGUUGGUUCUGGACAUGGAUGAAUAUGUAAGACGACUUCUCAUCAUGGAAUUUCGUUAUUCAAAAAGUUUCAAUGCACAAGAAACUUUCGACAGUGCAUUGACAUGCCAAAACUGCCCCAAAAUUGAAACAACAAGUCAAAACGAACAAAUGUGGGCAAAAAUACUUGUUUUGAUGAGGCGACAGGGACGUCUUGCUACCCUCAAAAAAGUCCUUAAUAUCAACAAUGAAGCUGAGAGGGCGGAACAAGACGCCGCUGCCACCAGGAUUGCUAGAUCUUUUGACAAGCACACGCGUCUUCGACAAACUUAUUCAAGUCUCCCCAAACAACCGCAAAAACCAAAAGGGGGACCUCUACACUCGGCGGGUUCUCCAAGCGAUGAAGUUACCGGCCUCGGCAUGGGAGAGCAUCUGGCGCUGCUGGGAUCACUGGGAAUUCAAUGCUUUUCGUCUGUUGCAGAGUUUCAAAGAAAGAGUUUAGAAAAAAACCAAUCAUCAUCUUCUGAUCCCAACGGCACGACGAUUCCAACCAGUUCAAAUAAUAAUUAUUCUCAUUUUAAUUAUCUUUUCGGAGCACAGGAAAACCAACAAAAUGGUGGUGAAACUUCAUCAGCAAUCUCGAAAAAUGCUCCUGCUCCCGUCUAUCCAGAGACAGGUUCAACGAGAAAAAGGGCACUUCCUGCACUCGGAGAAGGUACCCAACUGAAAAAGUCUUCAUUUGAGAUGAGAGAAGAAAAAGACCAGUCCGCAGGGUCACCAGAUGAAGGUACACAUGAGUUGAGAAUUACGGAAACAAAUUCUGAUCGAGACAGUAACACCCUCGCAUCUUCCUCAACAGCGUCAACACCGGAAACAAAUCAAAAUGAUAUGAAUGAAGCUGCAGAGCAAAAUGAAAAUGCUGGAAAUGCAAGCGAAGUGGAUGAACAGAUGGAAAUGGAUCCGCCGGUUGAUCAAACUGAACAGGUUGUCACUGAAAAGACACAAGAAACGACGGACAAUACAGAUAACACUCCUUCUCCGCAGCCGAAAACUGAAAAUGAGCAAGCUGUUGCCUCGAGUCUCAGAGAAGGGAAGGAAGUCAUCAUUGAAGAGGAAAAUACAUUUGAUUCAAACACUGAAAUGCUCAAAUCCAAAAAGCAACAGACAACAUUGACGUCUUCUGAAAAUCUGGCUUCUUCGUCUUCAGUCCCGGUAAACAUUUUGCACGAAGAGCGUGAACAUAAACCAGAAUCGGACACCGAUGCAGUUGAAAGCAAGGCAGCAGCUUCUUCGGAAAUGCCAACUCAUACUGACUUGACUGAACAUGAUGACAUGCAGUAUGAUGACAGAGAACCUUUGCUCGAUGAUCCAGAAGAACAUCUACGUCAACAAGUACCAGAAGAAAUUGAUGAAAGCCACCAAGUACCAGAGGAAGCUGUUGAAAACUUGAUGCAUGACGAAGAAGCACUGGAAAUUUUUCAAAACCCCGUGAAUUUAGAUCAUGAUGACGACCAGCCAGAAAAUAAUGAGUCCGCAAAUGAAGACAAAGAUACGCCGUCGACAUCUGAAGCAAAAAACAGUGAAGUUAAAAAACAAAACAGAAAACAAGGCGGCCGUCGUAUUAACAACAAAACAAGUGCGGAAGUCGAGAGGAGAAAAGCCAUCAUGAAUAAGCAAAAUACAGAUUGGUUGUUGAAGCAGAUGUUAAGUUUUGCUUAUGAGAAGAAAAAGAAGGAUUCGAAUCACGUCUGGAAAAAGGAUGAAGAAGCAAGAGUGGAGAACUGUAUUAAAAAUUGGGCGGAAAAAAGCAAUCCAAAGCACAUGCCAAAGAGGAAAGACAUCGAAUUGGGCACGGAACUUCCUGAUCGUGGAAACUACCGUUAUUGUUUGGAUUACUUGAAAAGACGCUGCACUGCAUUCGAAACAAAGCCGUUUGGAGAAUCAUCUAGUGAUCCGAAGAUGACCACCGUUGCUCCACCAACAAUGAGAUUAACCGGGACAAUGCAUCUGGAGCAUAACUGCACAGCGGAAGAUGUGAAGAAAGCUGCACUCUCUUCUCCAACCAGCAAAGUGAAUCCCGUCUAUAAGAAAGAAGAACUCGUCCCACCAGUACCAGACAAUGGGUUGUUGAAAAAGGAGCAAGAUUUCUACGGAUUGACUAAGGACGAUUAUCAUUUGCCGUGUCCAGUCGUCAAUGUGUCUAAUAUGGACCCAUCGGAGAUCAAGAAGCUGGAGGAGAUUUCUAACGGAGUACCGAUUUUAUUGAUACAGGGACUCGACACUGCGGCAGAAAUCGAUCUGGCCAAGUUUGCGAUAGAAAAGAUGCCAAUCGAUCGAAACAAGACCGAGAUCACUGUGCUGAAUCAAGUUCCUCAACCUGCGGAACAAAACAAAAAUGACGAAGGAGAGGAUACUUGGUCGAUUUUCCAUCGAGAAGAGAAAAUCCCAUUGGACGAGUAUCUCAAGUAUCUGGGAAAAGUUGAGAAGAAAGCCGACGAGUUGUACGAAGUGGUUAUACAUAACAAAACAAGAGGACCGGAAAAGAAGAGCAAUAUUGAUAGUUUCGUUGACAAAAUGAUUAGAGAGCAAGAUAAGCCGGUGUCUGGUGAUAGAAAUUCUCCAUGGAGUCGAUUUGGAACCAAUGUCGACCUCACUGGAAAAGACUGCGAGAAGCUUCUGGAGGAACUCCAAAAACUCCCGGAGCACUUGAGGCCCAGAAGUAAUAAGAACCUCCUCAGCCAACUAGAAGUGAAUGUAUUUGGAAUUAAUACAAUCCAGAUGUAUUUGAAGGCGAUUGGCUCUCGGACCGCUGCGCACAUGGAGCAUUUGCUUAUGGCCAGCAUAAACUGGAACCUUGGUCCGGGACCUUGUUUGUGGUACGCGGUCUCUUAUGAGUACUGGGGAGAGCUUGAGAAGCUUGCCACGAAAAAUGGGGCGAACUACCACCACGAAAACUACUGGCCGAGCGAAGAAGAGUUGGUGAAAAAUAAGAUACCAUUUUAUAAAUUCGAACAACUGGCAAAAGAAAUGGUCUAUCUUAAUAGUGGAUGUUUCCACUUUGUGCAGAGCAACUCAUAUUGCUCUAACAUUGCAUGGAAUGUAGGCCAGCCAACCUUCACUCAGCUGGCAAUUUCGAUGGUGGCUGUCGACCACAACAUUCAAAAGAAGAACGACAACAUUAUCCCACUGGCACAAAUUGCUUGGAGCGUGGCUGAAGAGAAGACGUUUAUGGACGUUCCGGAAGUCUACGAACUCAUCAGAAACAUCCUGAUAAGGAGUCUGGCGCACAUGGAAAAAUAUUUCCUUUACAUCAAGGAGAACGAAAAGGAAUUUGGUGUUGACCCAUACGGAAACGCAUCAAAGAAUUCGUGGUGUACGACUUGUGGCUGCGAGGUGUUCAAUAUUGUGCACUGGGCAGUGAAAAAGGAAACAAAUAAGAAAAAAGAGUAUCCCAAACCUUUUUGCAGCGGAUGCACACCACCAAAAGGCUACAUCCUCAAUGAGCUGGAGUUCACCUACCAACGAACCUUGGAGGAGCUCCGCGAAAUUUUCGAUGGAUACAAGUGA